AUGGUACAACGCCAGAAUCCUUCACAACCUGGGGAUUACUACCAGAGGGAGGGUACUUGGAAGGAUAGGUUUGGCGUUCACAACCGUUUCGUGCCCGCCGCCGCAACAGCUCAGGCCAUAGAAGAUACAUUGAAGAAAUGCGUUGGAAUACCAUUCAAGGAGUUCGGCUUGAUCGUACGACUAGAAACCGGUGAAGAUAAAGUCUACUCAUCACUAGCUUUGGCACGCUUUCGAGAUACAAUCUUCACAGAAAAGUUCAAGCAAGAUUUUCAUCGAAGUAUCCGAAAGGCUUUAGCUCCAACAUACCCAUCUCCCACCGCAUUCCACCAAGAUGUUAUGUUCAACGACUUCGAUGCCGAUGGGAGUAGUGGAGGAUACAAUAGGAAGCACUCAAGCAGUGGAGAGUCCUCUUCAGAGUACAAUCGCCGUGUCCAUCGAAAAAUCGAAGUUUCUGACAACGAUGAUACACCUGUCCUCGAGAAUGCCCAACAGUUGAUGAUUGGUGACUCCGGCGAGGUUGAAAAGUUCUACCACAAAAGGUUCCAAGACAUGCAACAGUCAUCUUGCAAAGUCAUAGGCAAAGCAUUCGUGAAGCUGAUGGAGCCGAAGAAGCAAACACAUCAUCCAUAUACUAAGGGUAAUGACAGAGCACCGCCUUGGUGGCCGAGCACUACUGGUGACAACAAGGUUCGACACAUAGAACCGGAUCACAUUUUGAAACCUGAGCGCAUUCGACUACUAGUGCACAUUUUGAGAAUGGUCGUAGAGCCUGCAAACAAGCAGCACCCUUCCAUCGAAAAGCUUGGUCUCAACGUCAAAAAGCUGGAAGAAGUCACUAUGGAGGCAAUGUACAAUUGGUUCAAUGAUAAGGAAUAUCCCAAUAAUGCGCGAAAGAAGCCGUUCCUAAAUGAGAUCUUCAAAAUUGCCCGAGCAGAGGAGAUGUACAAGAAUGGCGAGAUUGAUAAGUCUACUUGUUUCUCCGUGAUGUAUAGUGAACGAUUAGGAACGGACGACUCGGAUAAUGAGAGCAUUGCAGCCAGCACGCCCUUUCUUGAGGUUGUAUCUCCAACCACCGGGCACAACUCUCAUAUGCUCGACGACACCAUGAGAAUGCGACAUCCCACGCGUUCAAGUGUCCAUAAUCAGAUGGAAGAACAGCCUCAGUACAACGAUUUUGGGAACUAUCGCAACAUGGGUUUUCAUCCUCAGAGUCCAUGUAUUCAAGAUCGUCAAUCGUUCGUUUCGACGCCAAAGUACUCGAGCCCACAGCCACAAGUGUACAACAAUUGGUCAAUGGUGAGCAAUAGUGGUGGGCAAUCAUUCUACACGACUUCUCCUCAGCAGAAUUUGCCUCCGUCAAGUGGCCCAUAUCUCCCCCUGCCAAAUGCGCAACCGCAGAUACAUCGUCCACCGCAACUACCAAACUAUGAUUACGACACUAGUCCAGGACCUGGCGACUCGCUGCGAACAGGAAGCAUAGGUCACCCCCAUCCACAUCAGCAGCACAUGCCUGUAUUUGAGAACUAUGUGCAAGACCAUGGUGGCUUUCAACAACACAACCAUGAUCUAAAGGAUCAGCACCAACAGAAUCUGCACCAUCAUCAAUAA